AUGUCCGAUCAAUGGGGGCAGUCAUAUCCACCUAAUGAUCAGCAAUACCACAUGCAGCAGCCGUAUUACGCUCCUCAGCAACCUCCUCCUCCUCCCCCGCCUCCAGUCGACGAGAAGGGCAGUCGAUUCAAGCCUAAACUGAAAUUACGUGAUCCAAUAUUUUUUGUCUUUUUCCUGCUUACUUUCUUUGCCUUUAUUGGUCUCAGUGGAUACGCUUUAUAUGAGUGGAAUCAAGCAGGCAGUAUUCAAUCAGGAUUUGGUAACACCACCGCAUCUAGUAACGUUACAUUCACGAAAGAGACUGGAUAUCUGUUGCUCGUUGAUGCUGCUAUCGGUUUGGUAUUUGCGGCACUUUACUUGCUCGCAUUGCGCAUUUUCACAAAAGUUAUCUUGGAAGUCACACUCGUUCUAUCCAUUAUCACUACAUGGGCACUCGCUAUUUAUCAAUUUACGCAACAUUACUGGAGUGGAGCAAUUGUUCUUCUAAUUAUUGGAAUAUUACAAAGUCUGCAGACAGCCUUCAAAAAUCUAACAAUGGAUAUAAAACAGGUCGUUUUCUACUUUGGAAUGCGCAAGCGAAUCCCAUUGGCAUCUUUGCUCCUCAAGAUAGUCAUUGACAUUGCUAAGCACUAUCCAAGUGUUUAUGUGGUUAGCUUUAUUGGUCUAAUCAUCCAAACAGCUUGGAGUAUCUUAUACGCUUUCGCCGUGGCUGCCGUGUAUGUUGUUUGGACUCCUGGCUCACAGGUCUGUGGCAGCGGAACAGGCGGAUCAUGCUCCUCAGGUAAGGUAGCAGGUCUAGUUUUUUUCUUAACCUUCGCCUAUCUAUGGGUAUCUCAAGUGUUUGGAAAUAUCGUGCUUGUCACACUUGCUGGUGGACCUUACGGAGGCUGGUACUACUUCGGACCUUACAACCAAAAUGGAAGCGGCAUGCCAAAGCAUCCAACACCAUCAGCCUUCAUGAGAGCUUCAACUACAUCGCUCGGGAGUAUCGCCUUCGGUAGCCUAAUAGUCACCAUACUUGAAAUCAUCAAGAUGAUAUUCAGAGCACUGCAAAACAACGCUGAUGCUGCUGGUGAAAUAGGUCAGAUUCUCGCUUGUUGUGCUGUUUGCGUCCUCAAUGUGAUCCAGUGGAUGAUAGAGCUCUUUAAUAAGUACGCUUACAUCUCCAUAGCCUUAUACGGUAAAUCGUACUUGCAAUCGGCUAAAUCAACAUGGCACCUCUUCAAAGAUCGCGGAAUUGACGCCUUGGUUAAUGACAGUUUGGUCAGUAUUGGACUGACCUACGGCUCGUACUUUGUUGGUGUUCUCUGCGGUCUUUUCACAUACGUAUACCUCAAAACUGCAACUGUGGAGUGGAACUCAGAGGGCCAAUACACUGCAGCGCUCCUUCUUUACGCUUUCUUGAUCGGAUUCACGUGUAGUAUGACUCUACUCUGUGGUAUCGAUGCCGGUGUUUCCACGCUGUUCGUCGGUAUGGCUGAAGAUCCUCAUGUUCUAGCUCAGCGUGCACCUCCAUUGUUCCAGGAAAUAAGAAAUGUUUAUCCUCAUGUCGUGGAAGGUGUAAACGUGUAA